AAACUUUCAGGAUUAAAGGAAACAUUUUCCAGUUGCACCCUUGACCUCACAAGAUGUAUUUAUGGCCUCUGCAGAAUCGUGUCAGAAAAUGAACGUGUGCGGCUCACAACCCGGCGGAAUUUCCAUGCGGGGGAAGAAACUGGAACACUUCCUCGAUCUCCGGAGCAGCAGCACAAACACCAGGCGCACUGUCAACACUGCAGCCGUCCUGCUGCAGCACACCUGCUGGACAACUGUCCGCCUGGUCCUGAGGGAGGCCUGUGGUUUCCACAUCCUGCGGCAGCUGGCUUCUCAGGCCCCCUUCGAAAAGGUCUUGGAAAAGAUUCUCAAGGAGCAAAAGGCCAAAGCGCCUCCACUCAUUUUGAUACAACCUCAGGACAGCAUAUCAACGGUCACCUCGGGACUGGACGCCCGCCAUGGAGCAGCAGAGGGAAACGCGCCUCCCUCCGUGGCAUCGCUGUGUCAGAGCCAGACGCUUCCUCGCAUUGCUGUCGGCACUGAAAUGCCAGGAGUUAGGGAACGUAGCCUUCAUCCAGCUCUGUGA